AUACACGCGUUCCUCAUGUGAAUUGAAGUUAAAUAGCUUCAAUAAAAAUAAUGCAAAACACCUCGAUUGAUAUCGAACGCGAAUGGUUUUCGUUGGUAAAAUUUUUAUACCAAGUGUUCAAGAAAAAUCCAAUGCGAUUUUGUCGAUAAAAGUGUAUUUUUUACUUAUUUUACACAGUGUUGUGUUUAAUUUAAAUAGCAAUAUGUCGGUAGGAAAAAAGUGUUUAAUUCUUAAAUUACGAUGAAAAAGUCAAUGAAGUGGAUUUUUUUCGGAUUUUUAUCAAACAUAUUGUUGACGUCGGCACACAAGUUGAGUUCUCCUUACUUUGAAUGUGGUGCACACGGCAGAUUUGAGUACUGUAUAGACAACAUACCGGGAUGCGUGGUAGGCUGUCAUUGCCAUCCGGGAUACUUCUUCGAUACGGAAACAAAAGUAUGUGAGCCUAAUGUCAGACUUCAACAUAGAGUAGAGUACAGAAGACAAUAUAUGGAGGAGUUCAGUCCAACCCCCAUCCUCACUACUGCAUCGGGACCCACGCCCACACCGACCACCACAAGUGUGAUAGAUAAAAACGUCGACGCCAUUGCGAAAGACGCCGAUGAUCUCGGGGACUGGUUAUACAAUCAAUUCUUUAAAACGUUAGAGAAUCAGGUGAUUCAUGGAGAGAACAAAACUGAAGAAAGUCCAACCAGACGGAAAGGAUCAGAUUCCUCAGACUCUGGCAGUACAAGUAAACCUGGUCAGCGAUCGAAACUGACCUUGCCGACACGGAGGAGUCACCGCAGACACACAAAAAGGAUGCUGAAGAAGAAACGUUCAAAAAAAGGUUUAAGAAGGAAGCUAUUGCGUAUAUCUGAGGAUGACAGUUUAUUCGAUUCCAGUUCAGGAAGUUCUAGUUCUGAUUCUAGUUCGUCAUUUUCUUCGGAGGGGUCGUCCAGCGACGACGAUUCGGAAUGUUCUCGUUCUAAAGAACGGGGUUCAAAGGGGCAUGAACAUGGUCGGAAGAUUUUGAUGAUCAACAAGAAGCCGCCGAUCCCGCUGCCAUCCUUCAUCUUCAUGCCCAACAUGGAGACGCCAUACUUCCCCCCGCUGGGCCUGCCACCGCCGCCGCCGAUGCCUGUACCGAUGUACCCCAUGAUCCCAGUUCCCCCCAUGAUUCCCAUGCCAAUGCCACCUGCACCCGCUCCUGCUACAACGACAGAACCUCCCCACACUACAGAAGCUCCUCACACAGAAUCUCACACAGAAAAUCAUGAGCACCAUACUGAGCAACACACCGAGCAUCACACGGAACAUCACACCGAGCAUCCCUCCCAUCACACUGAACAUCCCCCGGAAGAGGAUCACACUCCCGGAACUCCUGAGGAGGAGAACGGUAAACAUGACAAUGGGGAAAAUGAAGGGGUAGAAAAACCAGAUGGAGACCCAACUCGAAGCCGAUCCAGCAGAAAGUUUAGAACAGGAAAAAGAAAACAGAAUGCAAAACCCAAACAUACUGCAAGAGACAGAUUCAUAAAAAGAGUACAAGAGAAAAUGAUGGCAAAACAUCAAAUGCAACAAGAACAGCCUUAUCCCCAUGAGCUAUUCGAAACAUUUGGGGAUCCUAAUUAUCCCGAUUUUGGACCUAACAUGAGGUUAGAAGCCGAAGUUAACGAACACCCAGAGGCCAUAUUCGGAGAAAGAAAUCCUCAUUCAGAAGGCACUUACGGUCACAAUGUCAACUUCAAGUACUUAUCGGAGUUAAUUCAUAAAUUAAAUAAUAGUGACUUCCAAACACCUCCUCGGCCACUACCGAUGCAUCUACUACGUCCACAAUUAAAUCCUAAUCCACCCCCGAAUCCCAGUCCAUUACCAAAUCCACAAAUGAAUUCGCGUCGAAAAAUACCUCUGAAUCCACAUCCUAAUAUAAAUUCAAUCCCAAUUUCAAAUAUAAAUCCAAUUAUAAAUUCAAAUCGGUAUUUAAAUAGUAAUAAAAUUGUACCGAUAGUGAAAAUCAACAAUCAACCGCUUCGGAGAACAAACGACGCACUUGUAGUCACUGAAAAGGAUGACUAUGCAGACCUUGGAAGGCAGAUAGCUGCACUAGUACGCAAAAUAGAUUCCAGAGGAGAGCGGCAGAUCGACGUCGACUUAGAAGGGGAGAGGACGUUAACUAAUAUUCCUCCACAAGCUAUUUUAAAUGACAAUGGUUUUUCAUCUCGGUCAUACUGGGAAAGAUUUGCGAGAUCUCCAUUUAAAGUUAGUUUUACAGAAGACAAUUUUGAUCAUAUAAAUAGUAACGAACUAUUACAACUUCAACAGCUAAGUUUGGAAGAUCAAGUAAACAAUGCGGCCACUACUCCACGUGCUUUCAAUUUGCAUCAAUUAGAAAACAUAAUAAGCCUUAUUCAACUAAUAAAGUCUGUUCGAGAGAAACAAAGUAAAAUGGAGAUUCCUAAAGCGCCUAUAAAAAUGAGCCUGAUGGCACCAUUGCAAAAUUAUUCUGAGAGCAAUAUAACGACACCAAGAAAUCCAGAUGUAAAUACUGUCUUUAAAACACGAACUGAAGAAAAAAUAAAUAACAAAACUGUAGAGUAUACUAAGCAAAUGACCCAAGAUAAACUUGAAGCAAAGCCUCCAGAAAUACCACAAGAAAAACCUGAAAAUAAACUUACUCACGAUGAACUUCACGUUGUACAUCGAGAAAAACUCCAAAAAAAACCUCUACAACUACUUCUAGGAAUCCCUCUGGAAAAACCUCCUGAAAAGCCUCAAGAAUUAUUUAGAAUUUCAUCGCCAGAACAACCUCAAGAAAAGGCACAGGAAACUCAUUACAUAAAAUCUCAUCCAACGCAGUUAAGUUUUGCCCCUCCUAAUAAUUUAUAUUUCCCAAGGGGUUUCAACGACGUCUCGAAAUAUAAAUAUGGUAACCUUAAAAAUCUUGCGUCCCAACGAUUUAAGAUACCAUUGAGUCGCCUGUUACAGCACGCCGCUAUAGAACCGAUAAAUGCGAGACUUAAAAACCAAAACUUUGAUAACCAGAAUAGAAAAAAAAUUCCACAACGUAUACAAAAUUUACACAAGGAUAAUCACAAAACUGGGGGGCCUAACAAUGGCAUAUACCAACACUACGAUAACAUAGUCAAAACCCCCACUUUUUCAAGUGGUAAACAAAAUAAACCAUCCUCUUAUUUUCAUCAUACGGUAAACCAUUUCGAUUACUUUGAUUAAUGUAAUAUAUAUAUAUAAUAUUUUUAAUACAGAUUUACUAAAUGUUUUUUGUUAAAA